UCGGUGUGUUUGCUGCUGCCAGAAUAACUCGAGUUUAUAACAAAAUGAUCACCGACAGAUGGUUGUUUUUACUUCGUGUCCCUGAACAAACAGCUGGAGCAGCUGGAAAACUACUUCUGACGGAGCUCUGAUGCGUUUUAAAACACUUUAGGAGAGAAAUGAGAGGGAAAAGUCGCGGAGCAGCGCUGCUCACCGCGGUGAAAGCGGGAGGUUUGGAGGCUCCUCCAACAAAAAGCAGAGAGCAGCAGAGCUCUACAUGACUUCAAUAUGAAGAGAAACAAGUCCGCUAUCGGCUCCUUCACUGUCAGCCUUCAACUCUUGUCCCACAUUUAGUCUGGAGUCUUUUAUCGAUGAAGAGAAAACACAAGUGGCCCGGCAUUCACACUGCUCACAGGAGCCGCGGCCCGGGUUGACUCUCCACGGUUCUCAUGGUGUGUUUAAGGACCGCCUCCUGUUCUGGAUUCUCCAUUCGUCCAGUCACACUCUCGUCUCGCUGUCGUGAGUAGCAUCAGAUUCUGAAUACACAAUGGCAGAAGUAGCUCCAGCUCCCGCCGCUGCCGCCGCUCCGGCUAAAGCCGCCAAGAAGAAGGCGAGCAAGCCCAAGAAGGCCGGCCCCAGCGUCAGAGACCUGAUCGUCAAGGCUGUGUCUGCAUCCAAGGAGAGAAGCGGAGUGUCUCUGGCCGCUCUCAAGAAGGCUCUGACUGCCGGAGGCUACGAUGUGGACAAGAACAAGGCCCGCGUCAAGACCGCCGUCAAGGCUCUGGUGCUCAAGGGGACUCUGGUCCAGACCAAGGGGACCGGAGCAUCCGGCUCUUUCAAGAUCAGCAAGAAGGUGGCCGAGCCCAAAGCCAAGAAGCCGGCCAAGAAGGCUCCUGCUAAAGCCAAGAAGCCCGCAGCCAAGAAACCCGCAGCGGCCAAGAAGCCCAAAGCUGCGGCCAAGAAGCCAGCAGCCGCCAAGAAGUCCCCCAAGAAGCCCAAGAAACCCGCAGCCGCCAAGAAACCCGCCAAGAGCCCCAAGAAGGCCGCCAAGAGCCCCAAGAAGGUGGCCAAGAAGGCUCCUGCAGCCAAGAAGGCUCCCGCAAAGAAGAUUGCCAAGCCCAAAGCCAAGAAGGCAGCACCCAAGAAGAAGUGAGCCCUCACCAACACCUGACACCUCCUCAACAAAGGCUCUUUUCAGAGCCACCCACACCAUCCUCAAAGAGCUCAGUCUUUUUCAUUAUUCACCACAAAUCUCAUCACUAACAAAAUCUUUUACAUUUUAAUGCCACUGACACUCAACAUCACACUCUAUGUUCACCUGCUGGACGGUGGGAGAACUCCUCUUCACUUCUCAAACUGCUUUUAUCUCACUGCAGGUUUCAACACACCACUUAACUGAUACUGAUUAUUUUCUUAACAAAGUGUCACGUCAGAGACAACACAACAAACUCAGCUUCCUCUGGAAAUAAAAUCUCUCUUCAGUCUGAGAAGCACAUUCAGGUUUCAUGUUAUUCUGCACGUGACUCAACUAGCAUCUGGUCUCAAGUGACGCGCGCGCGGGAACAGGAAGAGAUGAAGGCCUUCACUUAAUAUCUUAUUACAUUUGUUCAGUUGCACCUGAUGAUCUGAAUGAUAAAUACUGUGCAGUUCAUUUAUAAACAUUGUUUGGAUGAGUUACAGCCUUUAACCUUCACAAUUACCUGAUACAAUGUUUUAUCAACCAUCUUAUUGUUUAACAGUAAAAUUACUGAACUGCAUUUUUAAUUCACAUGUUUUAAUUCUAUUCAUUCUUUUUCCUUUUCUAAAUGCUGCAAUCCCGCAGGUGAAUGCAUGUAUACAUUUGUAAAUAUGGGUUAUUAUUACUAUUGUGUUUUUAUUGUGUUAAUAACUUUUUGUUUCUUUGAAUGUUACAUUGUCAUUUAUAUUGUUGAUUAAUGAAGAAAUGUAUUUCCAGUUAUUUUUAGUAUAUUAAAUACAUUUGAACAAUUUAA